AUGAGUGCUCAAAAGGGAAAGAGUCAAGAAAACUCUUAGCGAGUGAGCUCUAUACAAAGAAGCAAUAGCAAUAGUAAUGGUAAGCCUCACAAUAAUAGCAGCAAAGUUGUUGAAGAAAGGAAGAAUGAGAUAAAACGCAAAUUGUUAGAACAAAUGCAAUCAGAUUUAAGAUAGCAUCCUGAAGGAUAGGCAAAGACUUAUGAGACUUUAGAAAAUGCUAAAAAACUAAAAAAAAUGUUAGUAAAUAGUAUUUAUCAAAAUAGAGAUCCUCUAUACAACCUUAUUCAUACCUAACAAUAAAGUUCUAACAACAAUAACUUUAGUAAAGAUAACAGCCAAAACAGUUUAAAUCAGUUAAAUUAGCAUUCUUCUUCCACUCUUAGAGUAGUAAAAGUCAGCUAGCAACUUAAUCAUUAGUAGCCGAAUUCGAUUAAUUAAAAAUAAAGAAGCUCAAGCGUUCAAAAAGAGUAUUCGUCUGGUAAUAAGAAUGAAUCUUUGCCUCAUUAUAGCCACUUAAAUUGCAUACCGAAUGAUUCUUAAAAUAAAAGUAAUAGCACUAGUUAUAGAGAUAUAUACAAUCUAGCAAAUAAUGCAUGUUAAGAACACAAAUAACUUACUGAGUAGGAAAAACAAAUACUCUCUGGUAAAAAGUAGGUUACAUUUUCAGAUCCUGCAAUCAAGAAAAAUCAAAAUGCUAAUUAGUAAGUUUUUUCUCCUAAGCAUUAGUGCUUUCAUAAAGAAGGGUGUCCUAAGCAUUAAUAAAACAACUUAUUUGAAAAUAAUUAAUAAGAACUUGAUGAGGAUUGCAUAAAUCUUAACUUAGAAAAUAAAUAUGGAUUUGUUUCUUAAGAAAAAUAAAUUUUGAAUUACUAAAGUGAUAAGCAAGACUUGGAAAACAGAAACAAAUUACAAAAAGUUAGAGACAUUUUAAAUGAUAAUUAAUGCUUCGAUAAAUUGGGAAUACAUGAAAAUUAACAAUAGACAGAAGUUGUUACAAUCAAAAAGAUUAAUGCUAAUAAUUCAUAAAGCAACAAUUUUAGUGCAAGAAAUACACCAUCACCUAAAGAAAGAGAUUAAAAGUCAACAUAAAAAUAAGGUAGGUCAUUUUCAGCAAGUAACAGUGCCAAAAAGCAUGCAUAUCAAAACUUAAUUGAAAGUGAAGAAGAAAAAUAGGAAAUACUAAAGAAGAUACAAGACUAAAAGGAAUUAAUGAAACAUGAAAAUAAUUAAAAUGACAAAGGCUCUAACAAUUAAAAUAAGUAAUAGGCUUCUAUUUAAAGAGAUACUACUUUUUCUUCUAAAAAACCUCCAGCUCCUUCUAAUAUUAGUCACGGUUAAUAAUAAAUUUCUAAGCAUUCAAAGCAAUCAGUUGGAUUAUUAUAAUAAAAUAAUACCAAAUAAUAAGAAAAAGAUAAAAAAGAAACUAUCUAAAAGUAGAGGUCUGUAAGUUCAUAGUAAUAUUCUAAUGUAUCUACUUCGAAAGGAAAUUAAUUUAACACUCGCUCUUCAAGCAAAGGUCGCUCAGAGAGUUAGUAAAAAGAUAAAUCUAUUAAAAAAGUAGAUGAAUAAAAUGUUAGCUUUGAAGGUGAUAAUAGCAAGAGAGAGUAAAAAAUCGCUGACUUGUAAAAUAUGAUUGAAAGGAUAAAGGUAGAAAAUACAAAUAGAUUAACUAAUUUAGAAAUAAAGAAAUUGCAUGAGCAGAUGGAAAAAGAUAAGUUCCUUGAAAAAUAGCAAUUAGAAAUUAAGCAGUAGUAAAAAACAAUAUAUUUGCUAACUUAGGAAAAAGAACUUUUGUAAGAAUAAAGUGAUUAGUUAGAAAAUAAGUACAAGUAAACUCAAAACAAGUUAAAGAUUUUUGAUAAGCAAAGAAUGGAGUUAGAGGACGAAAUAUAACGUUAGAUUUUAUAGGUUUAGGAACUUAAAAAUUAAAUAAAUGAAAACAAAAUUUAGUAUAAUGAUUUAAAUAAACGUUAUGCAUUACUGAAAAAAUAAAAUGAUGAAUUAGAAAAUGAAAAGAAUAAAAUAAAUCAAUAAAAAAUCAAAAUUGAGAAUGAAGCCUAGCAAAAAGCCACCUAAUUUUAGUGCAUGAAUAAAUAAAACUUUGAUUUGACUAUAGAAUUUGAAAGAAAAAACAAGGAAAGCCAAUAUCAAAUAAAUUAAUUAAUUGAAAAAGUUAACGAUAUGACUAAAAAGUAUGAAGAAUCAGCUAAAAAUGAAUCCAUUUAUGAGAAAAAAUACAAAGCAGAGUAGUAAAAAAAUGAAUAGCUUAGAGUUGAGCUUAAACUGAUUCAAGCACAAGUUUCUGAAAAUGAGGAAUUAAAAAAGAAAAUUAAAUAAAAAGAGAAUAAACUAGAUGAACUUGAGAGUGUAGUAGAUGAUUUAAAAAGGAAAAUCAGAAAUAAUUUAGAUAUUGAUAUGAAGCCUCACUAAAACAAACAAUUAAUUGAAAAAAUUAUAGAAAAACCUGUCUACAUUGAAAAAAAAGUAGAAAUUGAAAAAUCUACUUUUAAUUCUAACCUUGCUUAAGAGUACAAAGCAUAAAUGAUAAAAUGCUAAUAAGAUAUAAGUGAAUUAAAGCGUGCACUUAUGUAAGAAUAAGAACUUCAUCACUAAAAGGCGAUGGAGUGCGAAACUUGGAAAAACCAUGCUUUUUAAAUUGAAGAUAAACUGAGAGGAGAGUUGAAUUUACUGAAAUAGAGCAUAGAUGGUGAAAGAAAUAUUUUAGAUAAAGAAUUAAGGGAAAAAGAUGUUUAUAUUUAAGAUCUUAAAAGCAAAAUAAGCGCUCUAUUACUGGAAGUUGAAACUCUAACUCAUAAAAAUAUUGAUAAAAAUCGCUAAAUUGCAAAUGAGAUAAUAAAUUAAAAUUCUGUAUUGCAAGUAAAUGAUACAUACCAGCAGAUUCCAAAUUAUUUUGGCUCAUCUCAAAACAUGAAUAACUAAUCCUACAUUUCUUACAUUCAUGGAUGA